CGGUUCGACUGUAAACAAAAUGCAGACAGUUUUUUGCUCUGUAAUUGUAUGUCACGCACCAUCUUGUUCGUACAUCGUUAAUCUAAGAUUCGUACCAAUUAAAUGCUUCUUAGCACUACUCAGUUGUAAAGCUUUUCCUUGUACGAUACGAACUAAUAAUUUUAUUGUGUCAAGAACAAAGUCAUGAAUCAGAGAUGCGAUUGUGAGUUAGCUUUCUUAUCUCCAUUUGAACACUAUCGAUGGACGAGUGGUUUCCAAAAAAACUUUAACAGCACAGUGAUUUAAUUUCAAAUAGUUUGUAUUCAUUUGUAUAAAAUUUCAGUUUGUGUUGUUAAUGAAGUGUAGUGAAACGGUUAUUGUUUAGGUAGUUACAUAAUUUUUGUAACUUUUUUAUUACCAAUCAUGGUAAAAUAUUGGACUUGAACGUGUAAGAGUACAAUACCAUUAAAAUUAGAGUUUGAAUCAAAAAUUAUGGAAGUAAAAUCGAUAGUGUUUUUCCUAUUUUUGUCGAAGAUUUUAAGAAUUCUCGGCAGAGAUCUGAGCGAAGUGGACAGGAAUUCUAGAGCAGCUUUUGUUCAAAAACUUUUGAACAGGAACAGGGCGGCGGAAGGCCGGGUGAAGUUGGUCGGAGGGCCGACUAGAUUUGAAGGCAACGUGCUAAUUCAGCACGCGGGCCGGUGGGGAGCCGUGUGCGACGACUCGUGGGACGACGCCGCGGCCGCCGUCGUGUGCGCCGCGCUCAACCGCACCGGCCAAGCCACGCGCGGAGCGCAGUAUGGGGAAACUACAGAGCAUUACUGGAUGGAUGAUGUGGUGUGCGAAGGAAAUGAACUUACUCUCUCUCAAUGCAAGUUUUCUGGUUGGGGUUCAUCAGACUGUGACCCUUCGGAAGCAGCGGGAGUUAUUUGUCGAAAAGAAACUGAUCCAACUGAGGGUAGACCAAAGAGUAAAGAGCUGGGACAACCUAUUCAUGAAGUGCUAGAUAUUGGAAGCGCCAGUUUGAGAUUGGUUGGCGGUGCUAGUGCUAACGAAGGCAGAGUGGAGCUAUACCACCGCGGAGUCUGGGGCAGCGUAUGCCCUGACGGCUGGACUCUCUACGAGGCUAUAGCAGUGUGCCACCACCUCGGGCUGGGGUUCGCUCAGCAGGCCCUACAGACUGAUGCCUUCGGGCACUCCAGGAUAGUCCUCAGUGGAGUGCAGUGUGAGGGCAAUGAGACCAACCUGUUCCAGUGCCGGCAUAGGGCGUAUGGGAAUGUUGUCUGCCCUGGUGACAUUGGUCACGUAGCAGCAGUAGUAUGCACCCAGGUGCUGUCAGACUUAUUCCUGGACGUGAGGACAAUCGAGCGCACCGCCCACCUGCAGGACGCCCCGAUGUACCAGCUGCAAUGUGCCAUGGAAGAGAACUGCCUGACUAAGACGGCCUAUGAGAUACAAAGGACCAAUCCCUCCUGGCAGUACGAGACGCGUCGCCUGGUCCGCUUCACCGCCUCAUCUCUCAACAUCGGCAACGAGGACUUCAGGCCGUACCUGCCCAAGCAUCUGUGGCAGUGGCAUUUAUGUCAUAUGCACUACCACAGCAUGGAAGUGUUUGCUACAUUCGAUGUGCUGAACUCCUCGGGGGUGAGGGUGGCGGAGGGACACAAAGCCUCCUUCUGUUUGGAGGACAACACGUGCCUGCCCGGCGUGGAGAAGAAAUAUUCCUGCAAGAAUUAUGGGGAUCAAGGUAUUUCAGUGAAUUGCUCGGAUGUCUAUCAAUACAACAUUGAUUGUCAAUGGGUAGAUGUUACUGAUGUUGUACCUGGAGACUACACGUUUAAAGUAGCAGUGAACCCGCACGCGCGCAUCCCGGAGCAGUCGUUCCACAACAACGCGGCGACGUGUCGCCUGCUGCUCAGCGACACGUACGCCGCCGUGCACAGCUGCGUGCUGCAGCGGCCUUAAUGGGAAUAAGGACUAGUUUCACCAUGCUGUGUUAGAUCAUUAACACCACUGUUACAUCAUAAUAAGGGAUUAGGUGUUGACUUUCGACACGUCUUCUGUCAAGAAUUCAAUUAGUAUAUACAUUUUAUUUUAGAUGACACUUAAAAAUACUGUAACAGGGUGUUAAUGAUCUAACAGACUAUGGUGAAACUAGGCAUAAGGGUGCCAAUUGGUGGCCGACGACACAGUAUGAUGUUGAUGAAUAGUCUGAUUCAAUCACAUCAGAAUACUUAACUAUUUAUCUUUAUUUGUUUUUGAUAAUUAUUUAUACAGUAGUUACAAAAAAAUAUGUCAUUGUUCAUGCAGCCGUAACAAUAAACAUAAGUAACACUUCAUUUUAUUUGUCAUUUGUUCGGAUCUUAUUACCUACCUAGUACCUACUUAUAUUGACAAAUCCAUCAAUAAGUAAGUAGGUAUACUUAAUUCAAACAACAGUCGCUUCCAUACCACGUUAGCUGCAUGUCUUUAUCGCUCUCACUUUAUUUUUGUAAUGAAUCGUGAAAUACCUUUAGUUGUGAAUUCCUCAUUCUGAGCUUCCCCCGUUUCCUUAUCGGCGGCGCCGCAAACAUAUUCCGGUCAGAUUUACGAUGCCACCUACGAUGUGCUACGCUUACGACUCGGAAAAUGUCAUCUUGAUCAUUUUUUUACCGACUUCGAAAAAAGUAGGACGUUCUUA